AUGGGCAUGGCGUUUGUCGACGUCAUCCUUAACGAGACAAAUGCGACGGUACUGAUGGUAGACAAAUACCAUCAACCCGGUGGGCACUGGAAUGUGGCUUACCCCUAUGUACGGCUGCAUCAGCCGUCAGCCUUUUACGGCGUUAAUUCGCGCAAUCUGGGUUCUGACACUAUCGAUACGCACGGUUGGAAUGAAGGUUUGUACGAGCUGGCCACCAACAGUGAGGUGUGCGCCUAUUUUGACCAGGUUAUGCAACAGCAGUUUUUACCCAGCGGUCGAGUGCAGUAUUUUCCCAUGUGUGAGUACAUCUCAGACGGGGUGUUCAAAUCCUUGUUGAGCGAAAACGAAUAUCAGGUCAAUGCAGGAAAGAUUGUUGACGCGACUUAUAUGAACGUGACCGUGCCUUCCAUGCGCGAACCAACGUACCCGGUUACGGAGGGGGUCACCUGUGUGCCGCCCAAUGCCCUUCCCAAAGUGGUGGGUGGUUUUAAAAAAUACACGGUCAUCGGUGCCGGUAAAACCGGCAUGGAUGCGUGUCUUUUCCUGCUUAAAAAUCACGUCGAUGCGGAACACAUUCGUUGGAUCAUGCCCCGGGAUUCAUGGCUGCUGGACCGCGCCAACAUCCAGCCGGGCAAGCUGUUUUCACAAUCCAUAGGGCAGGGGUUUGCUAAACAGACCGAGGCAAUCGCCAAGUCGACAUCUAUUGAAGAUCUGUUCGAGCGGGUCGAAGCCAGCGGUCAGCUGCUGCGUCUGGACCCCAGCAUCGAACCGACCAUGUACCGGUGCGCCACGGUGACCAAGGCUGAACUAGUGCAACUGCGGCGCAUCAAAAAUAUUGUGCGUAUGGGGCGGGUGACGUCCAUUGAGCCCCAUCGUCUUAAUUUGCAGCAGGGUGAGAUAGCCACUGAUCAGCAGACCCUGCACAUUGAUUGUACCGCUGAUGGGCUUGAGCGUCGGCCUGCAACACCGGUGUUUAAUAAUGGCACUUUGACAUUGCAAUCGGUGCGAACCUGCCAGCAGGUUUUCAGUGCUGCGUUUAUCGGUCAUGUUGAGGCGAGCUACAGUGACGCGGCUGUGCAAAAUGAAUUAUGUACCCCGGUACCACAUCCAGAUGAUGCAAUUGACUUCCUGCGCACGAAUUUGGUCAGCAACACAAAUGCGGCUCGAUGGGCGCAGGAUUCUGAGCUUCAGUCCUGGCUGCUGCAUGCUCGCCUGGAUGGAUUCUCCAACCCUGCAACCGUGCCGGAUACCAAUAACCCGGAGGUGGUUCAACGUAUGGCGGAGCUGGCUAAAGCCAGUCGCGCGUCGAUGGAAAAUCUCAGAGUUUUACUGGCCGGUUUGGAUCAACAGUGA